AUGGCAUUUGCAGGCGCUUUAAACGAUGCCCCAGACAUUUUAACACAGACUAGAAGCUAUCCCAAUGGCGUGCAUGAGCUGAAGCAAGCUCGCUACGUGCAGCGUUGUGCGGCGUGCGGAGUUGCAGACCAGCAGUGGCGAGGGUUCCCCGAUCUUGUACAUGAACCCACUGCAAAGACUCAGUCUGUGCUUUCGAAGGAUGACAGGAAGAAUCCGGCGGUCACGCCUGCAUGUCCACCUUGGCUCAUCCAGGUCCUGAUGGUUCCGCGCGAGAGGCUGCCACAUUCAGAUUGGCAGGAGCCGCGCGGGGAGUGA